AAAGCUAAAGUAAGAUCACAAGCAUAGUUGCAGUUUCACUUAGCAACCAAGUUGUCGGACCCAAUUGUGGUCUCUAAACAAGAACUACAGUUACUUGACCACUCUGUGCAUAUCUAUUUUCAGGGGUAUCCACAGGGGGCAGGGGUUGUCAAAAAGAUCAAAAUGUGGACAUCACUAUGUGAUCAAAACCCUGGUUCUGAUUUUUAAUACUGUAUUGUAUACCACACAUUGUUGUAACCAGGCACUUUUUAGCAAAUUAUGGUGGUGACUGACAUGUUCUUCCUACUUAUAUGCCAAUUUGUCAGGCAACCAAUGUCCAGAAUUUACCAGAAUUGCCAUUGAGAAGUGAACCGUGGUGGGGAAUAGAUCAAGACAAUGGUGUCUUUGAAAGUUAUAAGAGGGGCAAAGAAGUCUCUUCAAGAUCUCCCUGACAGGAAUUCCAUUCUCUCCUGCAAGUCCUACUCCUGAAAGAUCAGGUUUCCUGACAUUUGAGCCAACAAUGGAUCUGAAGCAAAUUAAAGAUUACAUUUACUGGCUAUAUUUCCAGUAUCUCCUGGUCACCUGCAUUUACGUCCUGGAGCCGUGGGAACGAUCCGUGUUCCAUACCAUCACAAUUACUGUUGUUGCUAUGGUGGUGUACACUGCCUAUGUUUUCGUUCCCAUCCAUGUCCGCUUGGCUUUUGGUUUUUUCUCCCAAGUAUUUGGAAGUCAGACCGAAAAUACCCUUUGACCCUCAGCACUGACUCAAGGCUUUGCCCUCUCUGGAAAUACUCUUCCUCCACACUGUUUUACUGAGCUCUGCCUACAUUUCUUUUGGAUGUGGUUCUGAACCUGUUGGUUCAAACGCACACAUCCCACCUCCUCUUGAAUAAAAGCCAUGCUGUUACUGUCCCUGGCAACUGUCAGGCUGGUCCUCACUGAAAUGCAUGCUUGCACAACAUCUGUCCAGCCAUGACUAAGUCAUGAACUGAGUUCACACAUGGCAGAUUUUCAAUCAAUCACUUGCCUGGGUUGCAUAUUCUGUAAGUUGAGGAUUUGGGUUUUGUUGUUAUUUUAAUUGGAAGGACAUACAGCUGUGACUUUUAAUUGGGGAAUAAUGGGACAAAUGUGUUAAACCUUUUGAAAGAUUCAAUCACUUUUUAUUUUAUGAUGGUGCCUGUCUCCCCUUUCCCUCUGACAACAUAUCAAGUUAACAUCUGAAGAAGUAAUUUAACAGGAAACUUUGUUUUAGAGGGAUGCCUUCAUUGUAUUUAAAGGACAAAAGUAUUUUUUUUAAAAGACAUGUAGCCAGAUGUAGAUAAAUAUGGGUAGAACUUUCCUCCCCAGUAAGGCUUUCUCUCCUACUCUCUUUUAAUAUACCCAUUUUUGCCCUCAUAAGAAAUUGGUUCUGACACUGGGGUCUGAACGAAGAACUGUUGUGUCUGUCUCUCUCAUAGUGGUUUUCUGGAUCAUCAACUGUUAUAUUAGCAAUAUCUUGAAUUCCAGCAUCUUAAUUAUUUUUAGUUCUACAGAGGCAAGAACAUGUAAGGAUUCAAGAAAAAGAGUAACCGAAAUAUUGACAUUUCACAUUUUAAGAUGUCUUAGCUUUCUUCAAGAAAUCAUCUAAGACUACCACCUCGUAUUUAUUUGGAAGUUUUUGCAAACUGGUAUUAAUCUUGCUUAAUGCCAAUCUUGCUUAAUACCAGUAGAGAAUUGCUUCUUAUUCUGUUACUGUUCAGCUGAGAAAAAUGCAUGUGCACACAUGUGGAGCCCUUGGGGUUCUCUGAGCUUGGUUGUUUUCUUGCAGACGUUUCGUUACCUGGCUAGGUAACAUCUUCAGUGCUAGAAGGGAGUAGGGUUUGAUCUCUGUUUAUAUGUGUAAAUGUACUACUCUAGUAAUUGCAAGGGCUGUAAAGCAUGUACAUGAAAAAUUCAGUACCAGAAUACUGUUUCUUUUUAGAAAGUAGAAAAAUCAUCCUUAUUCAACUAUUUUAUUCUUGAAAAGUGCCAGUGUUAUACCUUGUAUAGAUGGAAUAUAAGUGCCAAAGAGCAAGCUUGCAUAUCAGUAUAUACUUGCAGUUCACAAAGCUACCUGUGAAAGUGAUUGUAUGUAUCAAAUGUCUGCACAACUACAUGUAAUAAGAAAUAUUUGCCUGUUAUGCUGAUUUUCAUUAGAUUGUGUGUUUUAAAAAGCAAGUUGUGCUGUAUCUCUCACAGCAUCCUGGACUGAAAAGAUCUGAACAUAUAUGCA